CUCAGUUUCAAGUCACUCGGGAGCCUACAGGAACGGAAAGCCCAAGGUUGAGUCGUUCUGGAGCCUCUCUCGUCGACUUGGUGGAGUAAACGAUCAGAAGCCGGGAUCCCCGAUCUAGACCUCGAUAUCUCCGGUCCGCACACGACCAUGGUCUCCUUCCCGGAGUGGACCACAAACCCCAUCCCCGGCGUCUCGCUCUCCGCCGGCGGUCUCCUGGCCCUCGCCGACCUCAGCACUGUUGCCCAGCGCACCGCCAUCACCGGCGGCUCCAGUUGGCUCGACAGCCUUCUCCUUGCUCCAGGUCUACACUACCAACAAGCUGCCGAUGAACUCGCCAAGUGGUCCGGAUCCAGCGCUACUGCCGUUGUCGAUGCCGGGACUGGGCCCGGGCCCGGGGCCAGUGUGACCAGACCAACGACCUUCCGUAUCAACAAUGCCGCUACGAUACUGUACCUCCAAAAGAUUGCUCGCCCAGGACAAACGGUCACUUUGGACGUGGGCACCAUCCCGGCCAUCAGACAACGGUUACGCAUCAGGAGGUCGGAGAGCGGCUUGCAUGCCACGGUGUGGGCGGUGGAUGACUUACCUGAUCUGGGGUGGUUGUCGCAUGUUUUAUAUCUGAUCAGUCCGCUGUUGACGAUAGCGGCUAUCGUGCUAGUUAUUCUGUUUCAGGAUUGGUGGACCCUAGCCUCCCUCCUAGCCCUAAUGCUCUCCCGCAUCCUCAACAUCUACAUAAUCAAACAACGCUCCAAACCCCGUCUCCUUCCUUCUCUCCCAUUCCCCUUCCACCCCUUCCACCCUCCAUCUUCCCCCUCCCCAUCUCCAAACCAUCACCACAAACCCAACCCCAUAACCUCCCUCCUCAUCUCCCUCGGCUCCGACUCCCCCAGCCACCCCUCCACCAGCUCCAUCCGCCUCCGUGGCCUCUCGGAAGAUCUCUACGCCAUAACCGCCACCGCCUGGCUGCGCUCCAAGACCCAUGUGGAGGGCUACCUCGAAGCCACGGCAAAAGUGCUGGUGUACAUGGUCGCUGCUUUUUCGGGCAACAUGACGCAGGUCGGGGCGAUGAUCAUGAUGGUCUUGUUGUUGGCUACGGCGGGAUUGUUGGCGUUGAGCAAUGCGAAUGCGAAGAUGUUUAGGGUUAAUGGAAGGGUGGUGGUGGGGGAGAGGGAGAGGGUGUUUUUGGGAGAGGAGGGAAGUGAUGGUGCUAGGAAAGGGAAGGGUAUGGGGAUGGCAGGAGGUGGUGGUGGUGAGAUACCGCAACGGCAACGAAGGAGGACGGGCGGGUUGGGGCAGGGGGUGUAUCCUGCUGCGAAUGGAGGGGGUGGUGUUGUUGGGUAUGGGAAUGGGAACGGUAAUGUGAUUGAUGCGUGGCCAAGCACGAGUGACACGGAAGGAAGAGGUUACGCUGCUUCGGAUAAUAAUUGGGCUGAGAAGGGACAGGCUGGUGGUGGUGAUUAUGGUGGCAUGUGACUGAUUUCCGGUGAGACUUGCGCGUUUCAUCAUGAGCAUUGUUUAUAUUUGUUAAGCGUGGCGUUUUGGUGGAAGGCAUCUGGAAGCUGUAUGUUGUUUACCAUUGCCUGAAAGGUCGUGCGUCAUAUAGGGUCCUUUACAAGAGUUAAUGACUGUCCAGCAGAACUGACCUUGUGGUUUCUGGUUU